AUGGCGUCGCUCCUCCGACGGCCGCAAACUGUCGCUCGCUCCUCGCGCCAAGUCCUCGAGGCCGCAUCGCUAUCACAGACUCUUGCGCGACGACCCGCAUCGUUACCGCGACCGCUGUACGCCUAUGCGCGCAGCAGACAAUAUGCCACCCAGCCCGAAGAGCCAAAGGAUGGCAAAAGCGCAGACAAGUCCGCGGGCUCGACACCCAAGGGCAUGGAACAUCUUUACUCCCAGAGUUCACCCAUGUCCUCAAAUCCUCAACCCCCCAAGAAGCCCGGAAAUGAACAGGAAGAUGGGACUCUACCUGGACGGACGAAGCUCAGCGCGGAGGAGGAGAAGGCUUUGGAAGAUGUCUUCAAACUGGUGAAGAAGGGCAUGCCUGCAUCCAUGGCCGAGGAUAUCGACAAGGCAAUGCAGAGGAUAAAGAGAGAAGGUCUGCCACAAGAACUGCGCGAUACGAUAUCAGAAGUCCACAAGGAGGGCAUGUCGCCUGCGAGAGCAGCAAAGCUAUGGCGGUUAACCACUCAAAUUGCAAGGCAGACGGCAGAGCGAGAAGUCAAUGACAAGACGGAGAAGGUGGAGCCGCAGCAGAAGAGUUCUGAAGACCCUGGCCCGGCUGGUUCGAAGAAGGACGGCAAGAAGGGCAAGAAGCCGGAUGACAUGUUCAGCAACAUCACAGAGUUCAGAUUCGACUUAUCAAACUUUCUGGUCGCGGCAUUCGUCAGCUACCUAUUAUACAGACUGGUCGUACCCAGCGAGAAUAGCCGAGAGAUCACCUGGCAAGAAUUCCGCAACACCUUCUUCGACAAGGGCUUGGUGGAGAAGCUGGUGGUCGUUAAUGGCACUCGGGUACGGGUAUAUCUGCAUCGCGACAGUGUUGCGUCCAUGUACCCUGAAUCUCCCGCUGCACAGCCUGGAUUCCACUACUAUUUCAGCAUUGGCUCAGUCGAGGCAUUUGAGAGGAGAGUGGAUGAGGCUCAGAACGAACUUGGCAUUCCCAACUCUGAGAGAAUACCAAUCUCUUACCACUCGGAAGGUAGCUGGUUCAAUACUGUACUGGCUUUCGGACCUACUCUACUGUUCAUCGGUGCGAUCAUGUUCAUUUCGAGAAGAGCUGCAUCUGGCGCAGGCGGUGGCCAAGGAGGUAUAUUCGGCAUGGGGCGAAGUCGAGCCAAGAAGUUCAACCAUGAAACCGACAUCAAGGUAAAGUUCGCGGAUGUUGCUGGCAUGGACGAAGCGAAACGAGAAAUCAUGGAAUUCGUCAGCUUUUUGAAGGAGCCUGGCAUCUACCAAAAGCUGGGUGCCAAAAUCCCUCGUGGCGCCAUUCUCUCUGGACCUCCUGGAACUGGUAAAACACUUUUGGCGAAGGCGACCGCUGGAGAGAGUGGCGUGCCCUUCUUCUCGGUAUCUGGAUCUGAAUUUGUGGAGAUGUUUGUGGGUGUCGGUCCAAGUCGUGUGCGAGAUCUGUUCCAGAAUGCCCGAAAGAACACCCCCUGCAUCAUCUUCAUUGACGAAAUUGACGCUAUUGGAAAGGCUCGAGCGAAGCAGUCAUUCGGUGGAGGUAACGACGAGCGUGAGAGCACGCUGAAUCAGAUUCUCACAGAGAUGGACGGUUUCAACACGGCGGAACAAGUUGUUGUUCUUGCAGGUACGAACCGGGCAGACGUUCUGGAUAAAGCUCUGAUGCGCCCUGGUCGUUUCGAUCGGCACAUUGCCAUCGAUCGCCCGACCAUGGAUGGAAGGAAACAGAUCUUUGGGGUACACUUAAAGAACAUCGUCACACACGAAGAUCUUGACUACCUCAAGGGCCGUCUUGCGGCGCUGACUCCUGGAUUUGCUGGUGCCGACAUUGCCAACUGUGUCAACGAGGCGGCCCUCGUUGCCGCACGAAGCAACUCCGAAUCAGUCGCCAUGACUCACUUUGAACAGGCCAUCGAACGAGUGAUUGGUGGUCUGGAGAAGAAGAGCUUGGUGCUCACUCCUACCGAGAAGAAGACUGUCGCUUACCACGAAGCAGGCCACGCCAUUUGCGGUUGGUACUUCCAGUUCGCUGACCCUCUUCUCAAGGUCAGUAUCAUCCCACGUGGCUCAGGCGCUCUUGGAUACGCACAGUACCUCCCAGGUGGUGGCAACGACGCCGUUCUCAUGAACGUCAAGCAGCUUAUGGACCGUAUGGCCAUGACCCUGGGUGGCCGCGUGAGCGAAGAACUCCACUUCGACACCGUCACCAGCGGCGCCAGCGACGACUUCAACAAAGUAACCCGCAUGGCCACCGCCAUGGUCACCAAAUGGGGCAUGUCCAACCUCGGAUACAUCUACUACCCCGACGGCUCCGAAUCGCAAGAAGCCCAACUCCAAAAACCUUUCUCCGAAUCCACCGCGCAGGCCAUUGACGCCGAAGUCAAGCGCAUCGUCAACGAAGCCUACAAGCAAUGCCGCCAACUCCUCGAGGAGAAGAAAAAGGAAGUCGGCGUCGUCGCCGAAGAGCUCCUCUCCAAGGAAGUCCUCAGCCGAGACGACAUGGUGCGGUUACUCGGCCCCCGACCUUGGGAGGACCCAGGCGAGUUCUCGAAGUACUUUGGUGGUGGGCCGUUGGGGCCUGCACCUGGUCAACCGCCCGCUGAGCCUGGGUCGAUCGAGCAGCCGAAUGGAGGGAGUAACUUGCCUCCGCCAUUGAGGGGUCCUGGCGGCGAGGAGCCUGCACCGACGCUGUAUCAGCAAUUCGAGCAGAUGUCGCAGCGAUGGCGAUGA